CCCCUACGGUUGAAGGUAACAACUGUUUGAACAUCAGGGCUGGGCUGAGAGCUACCUCCCUGAGGCAUGGCUCCAGUACUCUGAUUCCCGGGCCCCAGCCAUGCUGCUGAGGGGGAGUGGCCCAGCUUACCAUCGGCCUCACCCUCAGUGGCAGCACCAGACUGCCCAACAAGGUAUAAUUUCUUCAGGCCUCCAGGAUGGCCAUCCAGUUCCGUUCACUUUUCCCCUUGGCAUUGCCUGGAAUGCUGGCAGUCCUCGGCUGGUGGUGGUUUUUCUCUCGUAAAAAGCAUGUCAGCAGCCAGGACAGACAGGUGGAGGCCGGCGCUGUGGAACGGAGGGCUGGCUGUGCCAUCAAAGAGCCACGUGCCCGGGAGGACCCCUGUCCUGGAGUAGUGUCCCCGCCCCCCAGCAUCGGAGCCCCUGCAGAAAAGGAGCCAUCAGCUGUGAGCAAGCCUCCCUCGGAGCCCCCAGCCUUGCUGCGGCCACAUGCAUCCUGUCGCCGGUCUGAGUCCUCCGGCAGCCUUCCAAACAUCACAGAUACAAGAUUGCGGCCAGGAACACGCAGAGAUGACAGUGCAAAGGUGGAACUAGCCCUGACGGGUGACGAAGCCGGGUCCGUUCCUCCAGAGUGUCCCCUUCCAACCCCAAAGAAUGUUCCUUUCCCCCACGUGGCGACAGAGGUGUGCAAGCAAGAGGCGCUGUUCAGUGCGACGGGAGGGCGGGGCUGGCAGGGCCAGGCUGCAGCCCCCCAAGAAAAGCCAAGAGAGACGGGUGGGGCUGAAGGCACUGGGGAUGCAGUGUCUGGAGAAAGCCUGCCUGAGGAGAGUGUGUUGUACCAGGAGCACAACUCCGACUCAGAGAUCUGCAAGGCGCCCAGUCCUGGGGAGAAGAGGCAGGACAGACCGCCGCAGACGGAGGACGAUGCUGUGGGGAAGCUGUUGAGCAGCCUCAUCGAGUCGGCUCAUGCAGAGCUGAUGGAGGAUGACGAGCUGCGGGCACCCCAGGUUGGCGACCGAGCCGGUGACGCAGAUGGUGCCGGGGGGCCGGGCAAGGAGGAGGCCGUGGAGCAAAACGAGAAGAUCGAGCAGGCUGCCUACCAGAUCAUCUCCAGAGUGAUCUUGGAGGCAACUGAAGAGGUGCUGGCCACCACCGUGGGGAGGAUCACAGAUCGGGUGUAUCAGGCUUCAGCUGGUCAGCUCCAAGGGCAGAAGGAAGAGAGCUCUGGGCCAGUCUGCCAGAAAUCUUCUCCGGGGCAAGAUGCCCGGGAGCCCGCUCCUGCCACCGUGGAGCCGGAGGCGGCCUCUGGUGCAGACGCCACCCUCCCCUUGCCAGGCCUGCCCACAGAGGACCUGCCACCACCAAAGACCUAUAAGAGCUGCCUGAGCAGCCCUUUGUCCAGUCCCACCAAGGACAGGAAGCCAAAGAACUCCGCACACCACAUAUCCCUGGCCCCCUGCCCUCUGCCAGCCGUCCCCCAGGGAGAGUCACCUGAUGAAGCCAGUGUCCUGGUGCAAAAUGCCGGGUGUGUCCCCUGUGUCCCCUGCACUUCUGACAGUGGCCAGGAUGUCCCUUCAGUGGCCUCGGAGCAGUGCUCGGAUUCCACCAGCACUUCAGGGCUUGAAGACUUGUGUACAGACACCAACUCAAGCCCCAGGAGCAAGGCCAUCUCCCCGCCGCUGCCAGAAAGUACUGUGCCCUUCAGCAAUGGGGUGCUGAAAGGGGAGCUCUCAGACUUGGGGAAUGAGGAUGGAUGGACCGUGGAUGCAGAAGCAGAUCAUUCGGGAGGCUCGGACGGGAACAGCAUGGACUCAGUGGAUGGCUGCUGUGGGCCCAGGAAGACUGAUAGUUUCCAGAAUGCCCAAGUGGGCUCCAGUCCUAAGAAGGUGGACCUCAUCAUCUGGGAGAUCGAGGUGCCCAAGCACUUAGUUGGUCGGCUAAUUGGCAAGCAGGGGCGGUAUGUGAGUUUUCUGAAGCAAACGUCUGGUGCCAAGAUCUACAUCUCAACCCUGCCUUACACCCAGAACAUCCAGAUUUGUCACAUAGAAGGUUCUCAGCAUCAUGUAGACAAGGCGCUGAACUUAAUUGGGAAGAAGUUCAAAGAACUGAAUCUCACCAAUAUCUACGCUCCUCCACUGCCGUCACUGGCACUGCCUUCUCUUCCAAUGACUUCCUGGCUCAUGUUGCCUGACGGUGUCACUGUGGAAGUGAUCGUGGUCAACCAGGUCAACGCUGGGCACUUGUUCGUGCAGCAGCACACGCACCCUACCUUCCACGCGCUGCGCAGUCUGGACCAGCAGAUGUGCCUGUGUUACUCUCAGCCCGGGAUCCCCACCUUGCCCACCCCCGUGGAAGUAACGGUCAUCUGCGCUGCCCCCGGCGUGGACGGUGCCUGGUGGCGAGCCCAAGUGGUGGCCUCUUAUGAGGAAAGCAAUGAAGUGGAGAUCCGCUAUGUGGACUACGGUGGAUAUAAGAGAGUGAAAGUGGACGUGCUCCGGCAGAUCCGAUCUGACUUUGUGACUCUGCCGUUCCAGGGAGCAGAGGUCCUUCUGGACAGCGUGAUGCCCUUGUCAGAUGAUGACCACUUUUCCCCUGAAGCAGAUGCAGCCAUGAGCGAGAUGACCGGAAAUACUGCGCUGCUGGCUCAGGUGACAAGUUACAGCCCGACUGGCCUUCCUCUAAUUCAGCUAUGGAGUGUGGUUGGAAAUGAAGCGGUGUUGAUAAACCGGUCGCUGGUGGAGCGAGGACUUGCUCAAUGGGUAGACAGCUACUACGCGAGCCUCUGACCCCCGUCCCUGACAGACGCUUCUGGAGUCUUUUUGCACUGUUGAAAUUGGGCUUGGCGCUGAGGCAAAGACAUUACAUCAGAAUAACAAACGUUGUCUUCCCCAGAAAGUUGUCUUUUUUUCCCCACACUGUAGUCAUGUUGAGAAGUUUUGUCUCUGAGACAAGGAAGGAACCAUGGGUUCUUUCAAAAGCCAUAAGAUGGUGUUGAACAAGCCAGUCAGUUUAGCCUGGUUCCAAGCCUUUAAAAAAAAAGAAAAAAUGAGAGUAAAACGGUCUCAACCAGGUUGUCCUCUGCCACCUCCGUUCCCUUCUUCCUUCCCACCUCCUCCCCUCACUCAGAACCAGACCAACCGCAGCAGACGGGCCAAGGGAUGUGUUGCCUGGGAGGGUUUCUUUUCUUUCAAAAUCUUUCUUCAGGGAGCAAGACAUGAAAUCACUAAUUGGUAUUGAUUACUUGUACAGCUUAUGUCAAUGAAUUUAUGAUAUUUAACCAGUUUUUAUAAACUUCAUCUAGGUCUCUAGGAAGGCAGACUUUUUAAUGCAUAUGUAAAUAUGAAGCAGUCAGACCUCCUGCCUUGGUCGGUGGUGGAGGGGAAUGUUAUCUUGCCAAGCCUGGUUGUAAUUUGUAACCAUUUUCUAUUUGUGCAAACUCUGUAAAUACAUGUUUAAAAAAAUGUAAUAUUUUGUAUAAGAUACACUGGAGAACAAAGGGAACUCAAGAUUUUUUCCACACCCCACAUCAUCUGUGAGCAGAGCAGCUGUCCCUGCAGGUUCCUCCUGUGGCUUCCUGCAUACUGGACAAGGUGACUGUAGGGGAUAGAUUGUGAGCGGGGAUUUUUUUUUUUCCUGUAAAAAUUUGUUAAAAAAAAAAAAACCAACUCAUUUGAAUUACCUUCCUGUGGUGUGUUUGAUUCUUUUUAUAGACUGGCUUCAGCAUUGUGCCGACAUAAGAAAGUAACUUAUAUAAAUCUUGAAUUGUAUGCACUGUACCUUUGAGUCCCUUUCUUCCAGGGUGAGAGGGUUGGGGUGGGGAGUGAGGUGGUGGUGGUGAGUGUGGUGGGCUGGAGGGGCCCUUCUAAAGAAGCCCUAGGGCUCUGGGAAGACCAAUUAGCCAGAAAUUUCCUUUUUUUUUUUUUUUUUUUUUUUUCCUCCCUCUCCUUGCCCCACAAGGUGGCAGCCACAGGACUCUCUGGCUUCCCCUAGUGAGAGUCUCAGAAAGCCAGGCCUGAGUUUAAAGCACUGGCUUCCAUAAUUCUUUGGGCUGUCUCAAGAGAUCUUUGAAGUUCUGUCCUCUCUUUUGGUGUAGGAACAAUUUACACCUGCAUGGGGAGAACAGAAUGAAGUUUUGAGUUUUUAAGGAUUUAUUUUACAGAGAGUAUGCGUACAGGAGGGAGGGGCAGAGGAAGAGGGAGAGAGAGAAUCAAGUAGACACCCUCCUGAGCACGGAGCCCAGCAUGGGGCUUGAUCUCACGACCCUGAGAUCAUGACCUGAGUGGAAAUCAAGGGUCUGAUGCUUGACUGACUGAGCCACCCAGGCGCUCCAGAAUGAAGUUUUGAUUUAACAGCCUCUCCUCUUUAGGGCAAAGGCAGGCUUGGGCCUGUUGGCCUGUGUCUUGGCGCUCCCCACCCCCACCCCCCCAAAAGGGGUUUCUUAAAGGUGGAGGCUGCCCCACAGAGCUGCAACUACCCUCCCCGGCCAUGGGUAACAAGUGGUUAACGGCCUGUUUCUCUCAUCUCUAGGAUCAGUUCAUGGGACCAACCUCAAAGCAAUGAAGCAAAAUCAUGGGAGUGUCCCGUGCUUGUACAGAGCUUGGCCCUGGGCAAGCUCUCAUGCAGUUGUAGCUGGAGGUCAUCCUAAGUCCCAGCAGUAAUUGGCUGUGACAUUGGCCAGCUUGGGUUACACCCAAGCUUUUUCUGUUCAGCUCUGUAUCCCUGGAGCAGACAAGGGUAUAUGGGAGCCCUCAAGCUUGUGUGGGGAGAGUAGCAGAGCCUGGUGUUCAGAGUUGGCCUUUGGGAGCUAUUGAGAGGGACCUACAGAAUCUGGUGACUGGUGGGGGACAGGAUAGAGGACAAGCCAAGACCCAAGUCAGGGUAGUCCAGAUAAGAUGCUGUUCCGUGGAACAGCUCUUGGGGUGACAAGUUGAUGGGUCAGGAUCCCUUGGACAAGGCCUCCAGGACUGGGGGAGAUGGGCAGUGGAGAUGAGGAGGUGGGCUAUUGUGGAACUUAAUAGUCCUAGCUUUCAGGGGUGAGUCCAUUUAUGGAGGCUUUGGUAUACGGGAGUAAAGUGACUUUAGAGGUUGGUGAAGGUCACAUACUCUGAAUUAACCCUUCUCACAUUAUACAGGGUUCAGAAAAAGUUGGUUUUGACCAUUUUGCUGGUAAUCUUGUUGCUCUUACAGAGGGGUAGAUUUAUGGAGGCCCUCACUCCCCGACUGUGGACAUCAGUCCUCUGGACCAGUAUAUUUUAGACACCUGCUCUGAGUUAGCUGGGCCAUCCAGGGAUGGCUUAAGCAUGGCUUUGAAAACUCAUGGUGCUGGAGGGGUGCUGGUCACCUGCCUGAGGGUAUGGUGGAGCCAGGUGGAGUGCUGGGUGCGGGAGCCUAGAGCUUCCAGCCUGUUCUCACUACAGGUAUUUAUUUCAACCAUUCUCCCCCCCCCCCCCCCCCCCCCCCCCAGUGCUCAGGGCCCUGCCAGGUGUGGCUGCUCCCGGUGGGGUGUCAACAUGGAUGCUGGGGCCCGUGUUCCUGCUAAGCCCAACACAGCCUUGCACAUACCUCUUAACCACCUCCAGCUUAAGAUAAAUCAAGAUGAGUAGCUGGAGUGAUGGACAAAGGUGCUCAUUUGGAAGAGAUAAAUUUGGUCCUCAAGACACCCCAGGGAGGCAGGGACUGACCUUGGAAAUAGAUGGUGACUUACAAAGUGGUUUACAGGUGAACACUGCAGUUGAGCACUGCACUUGAAAGCCAGCCCACUGUCCCAAGGCAGGUCUCCACCACAGCUCCUCUGAAGGAUUGUGAGAACUGAUCACGCUUCAUUCUGCAUCCCCAAGUAAAGGCUAUAGUCCUGAAGUCAUCACCCCACAAAACAGUCUCGUAACUGAGAAUGGGAAAAACACCAUGGCAGAAUGUGAUCAUUUUGCUUAUAGGAGAUUAAAAUUCGAGAAAUGUAAACGAAGCCAGGAAGAACAUGUAGCAUCUCAGCCAGAGUGAACAUUUUUGGUCCUUGCUGAUCUAAAAAGGAAACAAAACCUCCGCUGGGAAGGGUCAUCAGGGAUGUAGACAGAAAAGAGAACAUCUGGAUUGUUUCUAGACCAGCACAGUCCAGUAGAAACAUGGGAGCCACACGUGUAAUUUUUAAAUUUUUCUCUAGGAGCCUCAAUAAGAGAAAACUGGGUGAGACUAGUUUAAAUAGUUUGUUUAAUCCAACAUUUCAAUAUGUAAUGCAUACUGAAAAUAUCAAUGAGAUUUUAUAGUAUUUUCAUACUGAGUCUGGGGGAAUCCUGUGUGUAUAUUUUAUAUUUUCAGCCUGUCUUUUCUGCUUAAUCACGGCUCAGGUGCUCAGCCACAGGUGGCUGCCUUGUUGGGUGCCAGACUGUCCCACUGAUCAGCAUCACACCAAUAUUGACAGCCUUAUGUUGAUGUUUGUCCUUACUCAGAAAGCUCUAGGUUCUUUUGCACAUUUACUUUUCCAGAUGACCUUUAGCAUGAUUUUUUUGAGAGAGAAUCAUGGUGAAUGUUUUACCAACAUUUGGAAAAAAUAAUGCAUGUUGUUGACUUGUUAUAAAGUUUGAUGUAAUAUAUUAAAUUGAGUUUGUAAAUUA